UCAAACCCGCCUCUCCCAAUUUUGUCAGUACAAGAAAGAACACUCCUUCUACUUGUUUCAAAUACCAGUGCUUGCUUUCUUCCCACCCCCAACCUCACAAAUAUCCAGCCUGAAUUGUUCUCUCCUACCUCUGGCUCACGUAACAUCACAGUCCAAGGGCUGACUGCUGCAAUAACAGAAAGCCAAUGGAGGCAUCGGUGGUGGUACAGGUGGUAGUGACCGUGCUGAUCUUCAUGGUGGGCAUAACGCUGAAUGGUCUGGUCGUUUGGGUGUUGGGAGUCCGCAUAAGGAAAAGGAAUGGAUUCAGAGGAAGUGAAACACAGGGUGCUGGAAGCUUCCGGGUCUACGUUGUGAACCUGGCUCUGGCUGAUCUAAUGCUAAUUUUGCGCAUACCUGUCAUGAUAGGCUAUCUCAUGAACAACUCGAAAUGGCCCUUUGGAAAGCCUGUGUGCCAGCUGAUUAUGUUCCUGCGCUGCCUAGGAUUAUACGCAGGGGCCUUUUUGCUGAGUGCCAUUGCGCUGGAACGGUGCUUGUGCAUAUUACAGCCCGUCUGGGCUCGAAUGAGACGCCCACAUUGGGUGGUGCCACUUGUCUGCAUCGUGCUGUGGGUACUGGCUUCUCUCCUCUCUGUGCCCUACAUUACAGUUGCCGGACUGCGCAAUGAGACCCAGUGCGUAGAAAACGUCAAUGCAACUGGACAAACAAUGCUGUUUGUGGUGGAGACAGCAGCAGGUUUCCUGCUUCCAUUGAUAAUUUUCUUAUCCUGCAAUCUAGCUGUAAUUAUUACCGCAAAAAGGACUGAGAGGAGGUCAUCAGUGACCACCAUACCUGCCUCUACGCCUACUUCCCCUACUGGAUCUAUUUCUACAACCCAGAGGAUGGUCCGUCUCUACAGGAUCCUCUUCUUAACCAUGCUCCUGUUUCUCACUUGUUGGGUGCCGUACUUCACCUGCCGCUUCCUCAAAGCGCUGGCUACUGGAAAGCCUGAUUGGAAAGACCUUUAUAUAGGAGCAUUAAAGGGCAUAUAUGUGUCACUGUACCUGGUGUACAUCAAGAGCGCGCUCAAUCCGAUUUUGUAUGUAUUUGCUGCUCGCGGACUGAGCCGCACUCUCCGUGCCUCACUGCUCUCAACCGUUGAGCGCAUCUUUAACGAAGAACUGUCCGAGUCCCUGCGCAGGAAGUCUUUGCGGAGAAAAGAGUCACAGAUUUGAACACAAAUUUUCUGUGGAUUUCUGCUCAAUGAUGGAUGUCGCAAAAUGUGUUCUCUUUCGACAAGGAUGUGGUCAAAACUGAGAGAAGUGAAAUGGGUUUCUGACAGGAAGUCUAUAUGACCGUGUAAGAUUAUGCAAGAGACAGGAUAUGGAUCUCAAAUCGAGUUCUUAUUUUUAAUACAGCCAGAAAGCAGAUCAAAUUGUGAACUAUGAGGAUUUCUCCCAUGUUCUUCAAGCCCGAGAGUCACUGUUCAGAGUUCAGAUAUUUUCAGUGCAUUUAUAUUUAAUAGAAAAGAACUCCAUCUACACAUCUGUUGAACAGAAGGCAUUAUCUAUGUAACUGUGAUCAUUGGGGGGGAGCAAGCAUGCAUUCACUUAUCUUCCUGUUCAACAUUUUUCAGACAGACAUUCACGGUCACGUUAAUAAAGUCAUCCGGAGUCAAACUAGUGCAGAUAGCCGAGAUAUCAGGAAGAGUAACUCUGAUCAAGGACAGUGAAGUAUCACUGUUUUGGAAAGCUUUGUUUGAGCAGUGUGUCCAGAUGAAAUGAGGAAGUGUGUGAUUUAAAGUGCUGCUGCAUCGGUCUCUUUAAGUAGAGACAUGGCAAGGGCUAAAUCCCUCAAAGGUGUAUCCUGUUGCACUAUUAAAAGGAUAAACAUCUGCCACAGUUUCAUAAAGUUAUUGAAACAACUUGCAAAAUACCGUGGCACUUGAUUAGUAAAAAAUUAAUCAUCACUUUCAACUGCGUUGAUACACAUCUGAGGAACUUUAUUAACCAAACGGAGCAAAAAAAAAAAAAAUGUUUAUCCCAUGCUCAUAAAUAAAUGCCUUGCAGAUAUACAGGGUGUUUCAAAAAAAAUUUGAUACCAUUUCACAAUCUAAUAACUUUGCCAAUUCUCGUUCAAUUGACCUCAAAUUUUAACAGCAUGUGUGGAAACAGGUUGAAGUUUUAUGUUUUUAGGUAUAGAAAUGCCUUGGAAAAUAAAAGGCGUCGUGUGUGUUAGAGUACGCUCGAACACGGUCGAAUUUAUAAGAGAAUUCUCUAAAAAUGCACCAGCUGCUUUGCAGAUUUGGACAUGGCACAAAAAGUUCAAAGAGGAAGGCUGGGUUAGGGUUAGGCGCCCAUAUUGGAAAAUUUUGAAAUCAUUCAUGGAAUCCACAUACCUUUUGAAUUUCUCUCUCAUUCAAAUUGAGGAAUAAAUCUUAUAAAUCGCUCAACAUUUGGCCGAGACUACGUAGUUUCUGGGAUAUUUACAUCUCAAAUAAUAUCUUUUUUUUUUUUUAAACACCCUGCAUAAUGAUUAACACGUCACUUUAUUUAUAUUCAUUUCAAAUCAGGAAAACCAGUUAAAACUGUAUGCUUUUGUGUACGUAUACAGAAGCUGAUCAACUGACUGAUCAGUUACACUGAACUGUAUAAAAAAAAUUUUUUUAAGUGAAAAUUCUGGAAAUAGACUUGCAUAUAAAUGCUGAUGUUAUAUAACUGAUGUUAUGUCGUUUUUGCUUACGUACUUGCAUGUGUCAUAACGGUGACAUUUGAUUUGGAUGAAUAUCAGUAUUAUAAUAUAUACACACAUGCACAGUAUUAUGGUAAACUUGUUUAUUACAAUAAGAUUUAUAACUGAGCCAAGAAUGUGCUAAAUCAGAAAACAGCUACACUUUGUCUUACAGAAUUUUUGUUUAUUAAAAAGAAAAGAAAUUACAAAAAAAAAAAAAAUUUGAUCCAAUUGUUUGGAGUUACAGAGUGAAAUCACAGGUGAUCCACCUGCUUAUGUGCCAACUCCAAAAAGGCUUUAACAUUCGUGGUUACGUUUCUUGUCUGAAGAGCCUUCAUGACAGCCUUGGGUUCAGGUACUGCUUUCAUGAUCUUCUCCUAAUGGACCAAUCAGAUGUGAGUCAACAGUUGCAAAAGCAGUUUGAGCAACACAUUUCAAACCUGGCUGUUCAAAGGCAGACGGCAGUGGUUGCAUCAAAGAUCUUACACCGCAGUUUUUAAACGGCCUGCUGCCAUCCCAAGGCAAUACUGAAAAGACUAGAAUGCAGAAGUAUUUUGUAACAGUUGCAGCAAAACCUUGGUUUCUGCUAUGCAAGCUACGAUAAAGGAAAUAGUGCACGGCAAAAAAAAAAAAAAAGUCUUAGCAAGUGAAAAUAUCUUGAAAAUAGUUGAAACGAUCUCGCAUUUCCUAUUAGAAGAAUACAAGACACCAACUUGGAAGUUAUUAAACCCAGUUCUAGAUUGCAACCAACUUAUUCCCAAGAUGUCUUGUCAAGUAAAAUGAUCUGUCCAUGCAGCAAGAUAAUUUCACUAGUGUUAAGGAAUUUCAUCUCAUUAUCUCUAGCCGCUUUAUCCUGUCCUACAGCAGACCUGAGCAUUUUACGGCCCGCGGGCCGCAUCUGGCCCUUUGGUUCAUUCUGACCGGCCCGCGUAAGGUUAAUUAGAAAUUACAAAAUAAACACAUUUUCUAAUUUUACCUCAUGCAUGGAUUGAAUGUGCAUUGCUUUUAUUUUGAAGUUGUGUUCAACAAAAACGCAAUGCGCACGACAUGAAAUCCCAUGAAACCUAAUCCCGCGAUAACUACUUCCAUAAUUUGUCCAGACCAACCACAAACUUGUACGUCAUCCUUCAAACGGUCCAGCCAAUCACAUAGUGUGACGUCACCAGCAGGCGUCGGAGCCCGAGCCGAUCUGUAGAUCCGAUACCAACACCGAAUCGACGUUAUUGUGAGCAGGUCACAUGAGGUGAUUAGACUACAAAUGUGGGCAUCAUUAUUAUAAUAUGAUGUAUCUUGCUUGAUAUUUGGAGUAGAAAGACAAUAUUGUGAUGUCUUUAUUGUGUUUUGGGGUGAAUGUGACUGGAAAAAAAAAAAAGGUACAAAUGUUCACAUUUUGUUAACCAUUGUUUUGGGAAAUUUGAUUGAAUAAAUUAAAUUUUUUUGUAAGGCAA